UAUCGCUGCGCUUUUGCUGAUUUUGCGAUUCCUCAUCGUUUGGUUAGAGCCACUCGCCGUCCAAAUCCAUGCCCAAGUGGAUUUGGUAGCUUUACUCGGUGACGAUCUUCUGCCUGUUUGUUGUCUGGUAGCUCGAUUCUCCCAUUCGUUUCUGUUCUUCCGCCUCACGAACGCGCGGUGUUGGGAUUACGAUACCCAGCUCACUUGAGAAUGACACUGAUUUGGUUAACAAUUUUUCGGUGUUGGUGGGAUUUAUUUUUGCAACUGUUAUUGCAGAUUGGUUUUGCACUUAGUCGAGGUAGUUGAGCAGGAAUCGGGUAGGGUGAUGUUCGAAUUCCAGCUUGAAUUUCCGUUGCAGCGGUUAUAGCUUCUUUGGGAGCUUCGGAUUGAGAAUUCUGUGGGACAUUGGAGAGCAGAAUAUAGGCGGGAAUUUCUGAUGGGGGAUUUUUGGCACUUGGAGUUGAUUCUAGACAAAGUUGACUAUGUGUUUUUUUUUCGGGCAGAGUUAAGAUUUUGCCGUUAGUGUCUCAGGGAAUCGUAAGGUUGGCAGGGUUCUCAGCGAAGACCCUUGGAGACAGCCUUCUAUUUGUAUGAAUGCAAGAUUCCAGUAGAAGCGUAAGAGUUGAAAGUGUUAAUUGGUAGUAAAAAUUAGGGUUCGGAUGAUGACGAUUAAGGCAAGAAUGCUCAAGAAUGGUGCGCCGAUUGAGUUGUUUCGAUUUGUCUUUCUCCUCCUCGCAGUGCAUUUUAGGGUCUCCGGGGCACUGUACGUUGAUAAAGCUGCGCUACUAGCCUUCAAAGCACGCGUAGAUGACCCUAGGGGAGUCUUCAGUAACUGGAACGAUUCAGAUACAACUCCCUGCAACUGGAAUGGGAUUGUUUGCAGCAAUGUUACACACUUCGUCACUUUCAUUGACCUCCCGUUUCUGAAUCUAAGCGGGACUAUUGCUCCUCAGUUGGGGGGAUUGAAGUACUUAGAACGAUUGAGUCUCGAUCACAACGACUUCAUGGGAAAAAUUCCAAAGUCUCUCAGCAACCUUACGAACUUGCGGAUCUUAAAUUUGCGUCACAAUUCUCUUUCUGGGGAUAUUCCACUGGCUUUAGGCACGCUGAUAGAUCUCCAAGUGCUGGAUUUGGCGGAGAACAAGCUGGAAGGUCCAAUCCCAGAAAGUUUCAGUAAUUUAACAAGUUUGUCUUACUUCAACUUAUCCAACAACCAACUCAUUGGAAGGGUUCCACAGGGAGCUCUAUUGAACUUCAAUUUAUCCUCUUACUCGGGGAAUGCAAAUUUAUGUGUAGACGAUGGAGUAGGACUUCCCGCUUGCUCACUGUCCCCUGUCCUUUCACCGUCGGUAUCUCCAGUUCGAGCCACGUCUUCCUUAAGCGUGGUACAGAUCGUGCUCCUGUCGGUGGGGUUGUUUCUCGGAUUUAAGUUCAUAAUUGCCGCAAUUUUCAUCAUGCGCUGGAUGAAGAAAGAUAAUAAGAUCGAAAUCAACCUUGGAACGGGUGGCAAGAUAGUCAUGUUUCAAGGAGUCCAGAGUGUUCCCUCUUCCAAGGAGAUGCUAGAAGCCCUAAGAAAAAUUCGCAAAAACCAUAUCAUUGGAGAGGGUGGCUACGGAAUUGUCUACAAGUUAGAGAUUCCGGGCUACCCGCCCUUGGCGGUUAAAAAACUUAAGAUUUGCCUGGAGUCUGAGCGAAGCUUCGAAAACGAGCUAGAUACUCUUGGAACCUUGAAGCACAGGAACUUGGUGAAGCUCAAGGGCUUCUGCUCCGGACCUAAUGUGAAGCUCUUAUUUUACGACUACUUGCCAGGCGGCAAUCUUGAUCAACUCCUCUAUGGUGACAAAGAGGAGAAUGUUAUCAUUGAUUGGCCGAUCCGUUACCGGGUGGCACUUGGAGUGGCUCGGGGACUUGCAUACCUCCACCAUGGCUGUGACCCUCGCAUUAUUCACGGUGACGUCAGCUCCACCAACAUUCUUCUCGACACAGAUUUCGAGUCCUAUCUUUCAGAUUUCGGCUUGGCGAAGUUGUUGACGAUGAACGAUUCCCACGUUACUGUAACCGUGGGCGGGACAUUUGGUUAUGUAGCGCCAGAGUUCGCCAAAUCAGGUCGGGCCACAGAGAAAGUGGAUGUUUACAGCUACGGCGUGAUACUGCUUGAGCUUCUAAGCGGGCGAAGGGCAGUGGACGAGGACAUGUCGGACGACUACACGAAUCUCGCUGGCUGGGUCCGGGAGCUUAACAGCACCGGUAAAUCUAUGGAAGUGGUCGACAAGAAUCUGAGGGAUACUGUCCCGAGUGUAGAGCUUGAAUUAUUGCUGGAAAUUGCUUGCCAUUGCAUUUCUUUGAAACCUCAAGACAGGCCCACUAUGCACAAGGUGGUGGAGACGCUGGAGCUUCUCACAGAGACCGGGAUGUCACCGGCGGGGACUUCCAUGAGGACGUCGAUCGAAACGUUGGAGGGGUCUGUACUGGAGGCUGUAAAGGUAUCGCUUCUUUGAAACCCUCUGGUUCUGUAGUAUAGGAUUUAGGCCUAAUUUUAGCCUAAUUAAAUAGAACAUAGUUUUGAGUAAGAUACAAAAUUUGCAAACGCUUGUAUUAUAUGGCCAACAUGCCACGGAGUUGAAGUGCACGUAGAAUACGUGCAUGGUGUACACUAAGAGAGUCACUAAAAUAUGCAUGACUCGCAUUAGAACUUUCAAUGCGAGUGUUUUUUUUUUCGAGAAUAAGCUUAGAUGGGAAAUCUGAGUUCUUGUACUAUUUUGCUUUUGGUAAUGCUUUGAAUAAUAAAAAAGAAAACAGCUGCCAGAAAUUUAUUGAU